UGAAAGGACAAUGCACAAGCCGCUCAAUCAAAGGGCACUUCGCUGACGCCUCCGCCCUCACUCAACAAAACCGUUCGCCUCCGCCGCACGCAAGCUACCACGACGCACCCUUUUCAGUUUAUAAUCGAAUUUUGAUUCAUUCAGAGUUCUGCUAUUCAAUUCUUCAGCUAAACUAUUCGGUAAACAAUGAAUUCACUAAAGAGGAAGUCAAUUGAAGAGUUGUCGGGCUCAACACCGCCGCAGAAGCACCAAAGAGAUGACUCAAACGGCGCUGUUUUGGCUGAAAAAACGGUAACUUGCUUACACGAUGUGUCAUAUCCACCAGGUUAUGAUCCGCCUUCAACUACAACUAGUGCCACCGGAGCUCAGGCAGAGUCCAAACCGGCUAAAGAGUUCCCUUUCCCUCUCGACCCCUUCCAAUCCGAAGCUAUUAAGUGUCUGGAUAAUGGCGAGUCGGUUAUGGUAUCAGCCCAUACCUCAGCUGGGAAAACUGUAGUGGCAUUGUAUGCAAUUGCUAUGUCAUUGCAGAAUAAGCAACGAGUUAUAUAUACUUCACCAAUUAAGGCACUUAGCAACCAAAAGUAUAGGGAGUUUAAGGAAGAGUUUUCAGAUGUUGGUUUGAUGACUGGGGAUGUAACAAUUGAUCCUAAUGCUUCUUGUUUGGUGAUGACAACUGAAAUCUGGCGUAGCAUGCAAUAUAAAGGUUCAGAAAUCACACGGGAGGUGGCUUGGGUCAUAUUUGAUGAGGUGCACUACAUGCGUGAUCGUGAACGAGGUGUGGUAUGGGAAGAGAGCAUUGUUAUGGCCUCUAAGAACUCUCGAUUUGUAUUCCUCUCAGCAACUGUGCCAAAUGCCAAGGAAUUUGCUGAUUGGGUUGCAAAGGUCCACCAGCAACCAUGUCAUAUUGUUUAUACUGACUAUCGGCCAACACCUCUUCAGCACUACAUCUUCCCUGCUGGAGGUCAUGGUCUAUACUUAGUGGUGGAUGAAAAGGGGAAAUUUCGCGAGGACAGCUUUCACAAAGCAUUAAAUUCACUAGUCCCCACUGGUGAGGGUGACAAGAGAAGAGAGAAUGGGAAGCGACAGAAAGGUUCAGUCGCAGGCAAAGUUGGUGAGGAAAGUGACAUCUUCAAGAUGGUCAAAAUGAUUAUUCAGCGUCAAUAUGACCCUGUCAUAAUUUUCAGCUUUAGCAAAAGGGAUUGUGAAUUUCUUGCAAUGCAGAUGGCAAAAAUGGAUCUAACUGAAGAUGAUGAGAAAGUUAACAUAGAAACAAUAUAUUGGAGUGCCAUGGACAUGCUUUCAGAUGAUGAUAAGAAGCUACCUCAGGUUGCAAAUAUGUUACCCCUUUUGAAACGUGGAAUUGGUGUGCAUCAUUCUGGCUUACUUCCCAUACUGAAAGAAGUGAUAGAGAUAUUAUUUCAAGAAGGACUAAUCAAGUGUUUGUUUGCCACAGAGACCUUCAGCAUAGGUCUGAACAUGCCUGCAAAAACUGUAGUGUUUACAAAUGUGCGUAAAUUUGAUGGGGACAAGUUUAGAUGGAUAUCUAGUGGAGAAUACAUACAGAUGAGUGGCCGUGCUGGUCGUCGAGGCAUUGAUGAACGUGGGAUUUGUAUCCUUAUGCUUGACGAUAAGAUGGAACCUUCUACUGCCAAAAUGAUGCUUAAAGGAAGCGCUGAUAGUUUGAACAGUGCCUUCCAUCUAAGCUACAACAUGCUUCUGAAUCAAAUCCGUUGUGAAGAGGGCAAUCCUGAAAAUUUGCUUCGUAACUCAUUCUAUCAGUUUCAAGCUGACCAUGCCAUCCCUGAUCUUGAGAAACAAGCAAAAGUCCUUGAGGAGGAGAGGAAUUCAAUGAUUAUAGAAGAGGAAGAUAGUUUGAACAGUUAUUACAAUCUGCUACUGCAAUACAAAAGUUUGAAGAAGGAUAUUCGUGAUAUUGUGUUCUCUGCUAAAUACUGUUUACCAUUUCUGCAACCAGGCAGGUUUGUGUGUAUUGAAUGCACAAAGAGUGAUGAAAAAUCUCCAUCUUUCUCUACCGAAGACCAGGUUACAUGGGGAGUAGUAAUUGAAUUUGAGAGGGUGAUAAGUGUUACUGAAGAUGAUGAAAGUAGAAAACCGGAAGAUGCAAACUACACAGCGAACAUCCUAACAAGAUGUUUGGUGGGCAAAGAUGGAGUUGGAAAAAGGACUUUAAAGAUUAUCCCGCUGAAGGAGCCUGGAGAACCCAUUGUUGUAUCGGUUCCCAUCUCUCAGAUUGUUAGUUUAAGCAGUGCUCGCUUGCCUAUGCCAAAGGAUCUUUUGCCAUUACAAACUCGAGAGAACAUGCUGAAGUCAACAUCCGAAUUUCUUGCUAGAAAUUCUAGUGGACUGCCCCUGGAUCCUGAAGCAAACAUGGGGGUUCGAAGCAAUUCAUAUCGGAAAGCUAUCCGGAGGAUAGAGGCUUUGGAAAGCCUGUUUGAUAAGCAUGAUAUUGCGAAGUCCCCGCUUAUUGAGCAAAAGCUCAAAGUAUUACAUAUGAAGCAUGAAUUAACUGCAAAGAUCAAGUCAAUUAAGAAGCAAAUGCGUUCUUCCACCGAAUUGGCAUUUAAAGAUGAACUUAAGGCCAGAAAACGGGUUCUCCGGAGGCUAGGAUAUGUCACUAGCGAUGAUGUUGUGGAAUUGAAGGGAAAGGUUGCUUGUGAAAUCAGUAGUGCUGAUGAGCUGACCUUGACAGAGCUUAUGUUCAAUGGAGUGCUACAAGACAUAAAGGUGGAAGAAAUGGUGUCUCUUCUCUCUUGUUUUGUGUGGCAAGAGAAGCUCAACGAUGCACCAAAACCCAGAGAAGAACUUGACUUGCUGUUUACGCAAUUACAAGAUACUGCUCGGAGAGUUGCUAAAGUUCAGUUGGAGUGCAAGGUCCAAAUUGACGUUGAGAGUUUUGUGAGUUCAUUUCGGCCUGAUAUCAUGGAGGCUGUUUAUGCUUGGGCGAAAGGAUCCAAAUUCUAUGAGAUAAUGGAAAUUACACAGGUUUUUGAAGGUAGUCUGAUCAGGGCAAUUAGGAGACUGGAGGAAGUACUCCAGCAGCUUAUACUAGCAGCAAAAUCUAUCGGGGAAACAGAGCUUGAAGCAAAAUUCGAAGAUGCUGUUUCCAAGAUUAAGAGAGACAUAGUAUUUGCAGCAUCAUUGUACUUGUAAUUUACCUGGAGCUUUCCUGGUAACUCUGCGAACCCGGAAUUGAUUCUGUUGGAUGAUUCAAAGGAAUCGAAUGAAGAAUGACGAGAGAAUAUACCCCUUUCAAGCAAUUGUAAGUUCACCAUGCCAGGACUGGAAACGGAAACAGGAAAAGAGAGGUGAAUUGUUGGUUGGUUGGAACCUGGACAAUAGCUAGUUGAAGAUGAGCUUGAGUUGACUUGGUAACAGUAAUCGAGGAAGAAAAAAAUUUAACUAAUUUAACAGAGGGAAGAGUAUUGUGUUGUGUUAAAUAGCAAAGGCUACAAAAUAGAAUUAUGAAACAAGGCCAAGGAAGCAGUGUAAGCUUAGCCUUGAUAAUGUUGUGAUUGAACAACAGAUGGUGAUGAAUUGUUAAGAUUUUUGUUGAAUUGAUAUCAAUAUUGAGGUUGAAUUAAGAUGCGCAAGGGUGCUUUAUUUA